AUGAGGGCCCUGAGGAGACUCGAUGCCAAGGAGCACAGAGGAAAGACUCCCCUGCUGGUGGCUGUCACUGCCAGGCAGGCAGCCAUCGUCCACGACCUCAUCCAGGCAGGAGCAGAUGUCAACGCUGUGGACAACAAGGGCCAGUCAGCUUUGCACCUUGCUGCAACGUAUGGCUACACCCAGGUCCUCCAGGUUAUCCUGUCACUGGGUUUCCCUCUAGAUUUGGAAAUGAAGGAUUUUGAAGGCCAUACCCCGCUCCACUGCGCUGUGCUGGCCCACAACGCCCUGCUGAGGGAGCAGGGCAGGCAGGCAGCGGCAGAGGAGCAGCACAGGGAGCUGCAGCAGCAGAGCAGGGAGCUGGAAUCCUGCAUCCAUCUCCUGGUGCAGACUGGAGCCUCCAUCUACAGCCGGGAUGUGAAAAGCAACAAGACAGUUCUUCAUUACACAGUGCAGGAUGGGAAUGUCUCCCUGCUCAGGUACUUCCUGGAGCUGAACGCUUUCAAGUGCAAGGAUUUUGUCAACAACAAGGCCCAUGGCAACACAGCCCUGCACAUGGCAGCUGCUUUGCCUGGGGACAAGAACCAGAAGGAAAUGAUCCAGCUGCUCCUGGAGCACGGGGCAGACCCCAGCAUCAGGAAUUUGGACAAUGACCAGCCCAUCCACAUGGCCCCUGCUGGAAAAGCUGGGGAUCAGGCUUCAGCCAGGCUGGGCUGGGAAUUUUCUCAACCUGUGGCCACGAGCAGCACGUCAGACAGCAGAAGAUGA